AAAGUUGUUUUGUUUGGGAAAUUAAAUGGCGUCACAGCAAGAAAAAAGGUCAGAACUCGAUCGGAGGGCAAAGGAAGGAGAAACUGUAGUUCCUGGUGGUACUGGUGGCAAAAGUCUUGAAGCUCAAGAGCACCUUGCUGAGGGGAGGAGCCGAGGAGGGCAGACGAGGAAGGACCAGUUGGGAAGUGAAGGGUACCAGGAAAUGGGACGCAAGGGAGGUCUAAGCACGGGAGACGAGUCUGGUGGUGAGCGUGCUCAACGUGAAGGGAUCGAGAUUGACGAGUCAAAGUAUAAGACCAAGGGUUAAAUAAAUUAGAUAGUACCGGUCGUCUCCCUUGUGUUAAUAAAGGGUGUGCCUAGCUAGUUCUUAGGAUUUAUGUUUCGACUCUUUUUAUUUCCAGUCCUGUUUAGUACUGUAGCUGGGUACUAACGUCUACCUUUUCUUUCUUAUAUAUGUGCUACGUAUUUCUUUGGGUGUAUUUCGUCUUUUGACUUGGA